AUUGUUCAGUGGUACGGCGUUCAUGCAAACAACACCCAAAUUUGUACGUUUGCGAUAUUACCACAACCAAAAUACAUUACCGAAUACGGAAUACCAUUAACUUCGUAUCUACAACUCUGAUUAUUAGCACAAAAAUUUAAUUUAAUUAAUUAAAUUAUUAUCAUUAGCUGCACUGCUACCACGAUUAAAUACAUAUCUUAAAUCGUGACUGCCACAGCCUGCGAAGUGCGAGGUUCCAGAAUUUCCGUUGACCUAUUCAUACGAUUCCACAUUUUCAAAUUUCUGCAGGUUUUCAAUCGAAAUGUAUUCCAAUCAUUCAACUGAUCCCAGAAGACCGGACAAGGAGCACAGGUACAAACCAAAAGCUGUCAAUAGUGAUAAUCAAGCUCUAACACCUGGUGAAGACUUGACGUCUGACUAUAUGAAUAUUUUGGGUAUGAUUUUGAGCAUGUGUGGAUUAUUAAUGAAGUUUAAAUGGGCAGCAUGGUGUGCUAUGUUUUGUUCAUGUAUAAGCUUUGCAAAUUCUAAAGCGUCUGAUGACAACAAACAAAUCUUUAGCAGUUUCAUGCUUUCCAUGUCUGCAAUUGUAAUGUCUUAUUUACAAAAUGCACAUCCAAUGUCACCACCAUGGUCUACAACAUUUGGAUAAGAAAUGAAUUUCACAAAUAAAAAUAAUCAUUUGUAUUUAUUGGGGUUUACCAUUAUUAUAUUGAUUGUUUUAUCAAAACUAUAAAAAUAAAAAAAAAAAUUGCAUUGUUUAUUAUUUAAAUAAAACUCUAAUUCCAGACAUUUAACUUAUUAUUUUUAUAUACUAUUUGAAACAUUUGAAAUAUUAAAAAAAAAAAAAA